AUGGGCGUCUCUCGGAAAUGGCUGUCUUCGAGUCUUCUUGUGCUCUGCAUUGUCUUCCAGUUGAGUGCUAUGUUCGCUCAGGGUGAUGACAAGGUUGACAAAGCUAGAUUUCGUGAUGAUGAUUGUGGAUGGGGUCGCCGCUGUGGUGGUCGCUCUGGUCGUGGUAGGGGUGGUGGCAUUGGAGGGGGAGGAGGUUUUGGUGGCGGUGGAGGUCGUGGUGGAGGAGCUGGAGGUGGUAUUGGUGGAGGUGGAGGUCAUGGUGGAGGAGCCGGAGGUGGUAUUGGUGGCGGAGCUGGCGGUGGCUUUGGUGGUGGUGGUGGGGCUGGUGGAGGAAGUGGUGUUGGGGGUGGGGCAGGUCAUGGUGGAGGUUUUGGAGCUGGAGGAGGUGUAGGCGGUGGAGCUGGCGGAGGUGUAGGAGGUGGUGCUGGUGGAGGCGGUGGUAGCGGAGGUGGUGGUGGAGUUGGCGGUGGUUCAGGGCAAGGAGGAGGCUUUGGAGCUGGGGGCGGCGUAGGUGGUGGAGCUGGAGGAGGUGGAGGUCUAGGAGGAGGUGGUGGCGGUGGAUCGGGAGGCGGUGGUGGUGUGGGUGGUGGUUCUGGUCAAGGAGGAGGUUUUGGUGCCGGCGGUGGUGUAGGCAGUGGAGCUAGUGGAGGUGGAGGUCUAGGAGGAGGAGGUGGUGGAGGAUCUGGAGGCGGUGGUGGUGUUGGCGGUGGUUCUGGACAUGGAGGAGGUUUUGGUGCCGGCGGUGGUGUAGGCGGUGGAGCUAGUGGAGGUGUAGGAGGAGGUGGUGGCGGAGGAUCAGGAGGCGGUGGUGGUGUGGGUGGUGGUUCUGGCCAAGGAGGAGGUUUUGGUGCAGGCGGCGGAGUUGGUGGAGGCAUUGGUGGCGGAGGAGGUGCAGGAGGAGGUGGUGGUGGAGGAGCAGGAGGAGGGGGCGGUUUGGGUGGUGGUUCAGGCCAAGGCGGAGGUGUUGGAGGUGGAGGAGGCAUAGGUGGCGGAAGUGGUGGUGGAGUUGGCGGAGGUAGAGGCGGUGGCCACGGAGGAGGAUUCGGAAUUGGAAUUGGGAUUGGUAUUGGAGUUGGUGCUGGUUCUGGUUCUGGUCAAGGAGCUGGCAGUGGAAGUGGAUCCGGUGGAGGUGGUAGACAUUAA